AUGAAGCUACCUCCCAUCGCGGUAGCCUGUCUUUCCGCUCUCGCCAUAGACUCAUGCAGCAACGUCAUCGCGCAACGCUUGAAAGCAUGGAACGAAUCUAAGCCCUUCGUCUUCGACCGCGUCCUCUUUACCCAGUUCGCCAUCAUGGUCGUACUCACCGCGCCCAUCAACUACCACUGGCAGAAUUGGCUCGAGCGCGCGUUUCCGGGCUGGAAGACCGUCAAGCAAACAAGGGCUGUAGGCGAAGGUGAAGAGGAGAAGGGCAUAAUGCUGAGAGGUGAUGGAGAAGGAAAGGGCAUUGUGGAAGAAGAGGUUAGAGUGAGGAACUGGUGGAAUAUUUUCAAGAAGUGGUUUACGGACUGCAUAACCAUGGGCGCGCUACUGAACCAGUCAAUGUUCCUGAUUCUGAUUGGUCUCAUGAAGGGCAAGACAGUUGCGAUGAUUGGGCAAGACUUCAGAAACGAGCUCGUCGGUCUCAUCUUCGAUUCGUACAAGGUCUGGCCGAUUGCCAACUUCUUUAGCACCACCUUCAUCCCUGUCGAGCGUCGUAUUGUCUUCCUCAGCUUCUGCGGUUUACUGUGGAACAUAUAUCUGAGUCUGGUGGCAGCUCGAUUGUAG